UCUACCAGUGAAAUUUAAGGGGGGGAAAAAAAGGAAAAAAAAGCCAAAAACCCGUCAAAGGAAUCGAAUUGAAUUCACAAUUCGAACCUUGUGUCCUUCGAGUUUGAACCCAAAAAGGAUUUCGAUGAAAGAAGAAAAAACAUUAAAGUGGAAAAAAAUAAAGAGGCAAAAUUCUCGAUUUCUUAUGCAGGGGAAAGUGACACCUGUGGUUUUUGUGGGUAUCAAAAAAUGCACAAAAAAUCAAGCUUCGUCUCUAAUCGGCUUCCAUCUGCCAGAUACCUUUUCCAUAACAGUAACCCAAAUUAGCCUCAUUGCCAUUACUAUUACAUGCCAUUCAACCGCAAAGCCGAUGCGUCAUCCUGUUCGAAACGCCUCGACGUUUUCAAUCGUUAUAACAAUGAACACCAGCUCCUGAUUCUGUUGGGUUUUGCGAGAAUCACUGUUUUAACAUCUGGGCUUUGUCUAAAACUUGUGGGAUUUUCGCAAUGGAGGACGGAGAGUACUCGAAGGAAUUGGAUAUGGCGGUUCGUGUUGUUCAUUUGGCUUGUGCUCUUUGCCGGAGAGUUCAAAAGGGUUUGCUUGAAGCCGGUAAUUCCCAGAUUAAGGCCAAGGAUGAUGAUUCUCCGGUGACAAUUGCCGAUUGGAGUGUACAAGCAACUGUUAGCUGGAUCCUUUCAGAAUACUUUGGAAGCAAAAAUGUAUCUAUUGUUGCUGAAGAGGAUGUACAAACUCUUUCUAAUCCGGAUUCGAGAAGUCUGUUGUCAGCUGUGGUAAAAACUGUAAAUGAAUGCUUAGCUGAAGCACCAAAAUACGGUCUUCAGAGUCCAGCUAGAGAACUUGGAACUUCUGAAAUUCUCGAGGCUAUAAGCCGGUGUAAUUCAACUGGUGGCCCCACAGGAAGACAUUGGGUGCUUGACCCUGUUGACGGAACGUUAGGUUUCGUCCGAGGAGAUCAAUAUGCCGUUGCUUUGGCAUUGAUUGAAAAUGGUAAAGUAGUUCUUGGAGUUCUUGGUUGUCCUAAUUAUCCGUUGAAGAAGGAAUGUUUUCAUUAUCACUAUAAGGUAUCCACGCUAAAGUUAUCACAACCAUGUUCUGAUACCUUGGAAAAAGGUUGUGUCAUAUAUGCAAAGAAAAGCUGCAGUGGGGCGUGGAUGCAGCCAUUAGUCCAUGGCGAUAAGAAGCUUGAGUGGCCAAAUUCGGCUAGCCUUAUUCAGGUUUCUUCAAUUGAUGAUCCAGCUCUUGCCACUUUCUGUGAACCUGUGGAGAAGCGGAACUCAAACCACUCGUUCACCGCGGGGCUGGCUUACAGUGUAGGGCUUAGGAAGCAGCCAUUGCGAGUCUAUAGUAUGGUAAAGUAUGCUGCCAUUGCUCGUGGUGAUGCUGAGAUUUUUAUGAAGUUUGCAAGGACCGGAUACCGAGAGAAGAUAUGGGACCAUGCUGCUGGUGUUAUCAUUGUAGAAGCAGCUGGAGGUGUGGUAACAGAUGCGGGAGGUCGUCCCUUGGAUUUCUCGAAGGGCGUGUACUUGGAAGGUCUCGAUCGGGGAAUAAUUGUUUGCUCAGGGCCAAUCUUACAUGAAAAAAUCAUUGGAGCAGUCUAUGCCAGUUGGGAUUCUUCCAAUCUAUAAAAUCUUUUGCCUGCACAUGAUUGCAUCAACUGACUGGUGUUCGUGAUCGAAAGGAUCAUCGUAGUCAUUAGGUACUUAUUUAUACCAAUACUGAUACUUCUGAUUACAAUCUCUUAUCUCAUUGAGCCAUUUAAAUAAACUUUGUUCAUAUGUUCAGAUUGGGUGGCUGCAAUGUGAUCAAAUUUUCUUGAUAUUUGUUCUACUAUAUUACUUUCUAGUAGAACAGAUCUGAUUUGAUAUAUCCAUAUAUGCUUUUUUGUUUUCUUGAUUUAA